AUUUUAAAGUGUAUAUAUAGUAAGUGGAAAGUAAAUGGAAAUAUUCUUUUGAAUUAUUUUUUAAGGCAUUGCUUAGAAUGGACAAAAAAUUGGACAAAGAAUCUAGGCUAGGAAGAGUUGAAGAAGUCAUAAGGGAGAUGGGCUUGACAAAAUGUGCUAACAAUACAAUAGGAGAUCCUGGUGGAACCAAGAAAUGUAUUUCUGGGGGUGAAAGAAAGCGUCUUUCGUUCGCUUCGGAGGCAUUGACCAAUCCGCCCAUCUUUUUCUGUGAUGAGCCGACCUCUGGUUUAGAUUCGUUCAUGGCUCAAAGCAUCGUCACAACGCUACAGAAAAUGGCUUCCAAAGGACGAAUUAUUUUGUGUACCAUCCAUCAGCCUUCAUCUGAAGUCUUCUCGAUGUUUGAUCAAAUUCUGUUGCUGGCUGAAGGCAGAAGUGCUUUUAUGGGGACUCGAAAGGCUGCCAUGGAUUUCUUUGAAAGGUUGUCUUAUCCCUGCCCUAACAAUUACAACCCUGCUGACCACUUUAUCUUGACGUUGGCCAUUGUGCCUGGACAGGAAGAUGUGAGCCGUCAGCGUACACAUUUUAUUUGUAACCAGUUUCAAGAAACUGAAGAGUAUAGACAGAUAGCCAAAGAGACUCGUGAUCUGAACCAGACAGCAAGAGACAGCCAAAGUGAUCCUCUAUUGACAGACAUACUGGCUGGUGAAUCCAGGUAUGAAGUCUCCUGGCUGACACAGUUUAGGUAUCUAUUCUGGAGAAGUUGGAUCAGCAUGUUCAGGGACGACAACUUGACCCGCGUUCGAUUCAUGCAGGCCUUGACUCUGGCCAUCGUCCUAGGGCUUAUAUACCUUCAGCAGACGGUCGACCAGAAGGGAAUCAUGAGCCUUAAUGGUGCAAUCUUCCUGUUGAUAACUCACACCUCCUUUUGUAACAUAUUCGCUGUGGUCACGACCUUUCCGUCAGAGUUGUAUAUAUUUCUGAGAGAAUAUGGUACUGGACUGUAUAGAGUAGACACCUAUUAUCUGACCAAAUCUUUGGCUGAGGUACCUUUGGUCAUUGUAACAACAAUCCUUUUUGUGGCAAUAACAUACUGGAUGAUUGGAUUGUAUAGCUCCUUGGAGUCCUACCUGGUAGCGAAUGGAGUUUUGAUGCUUGUAGGAACAAAUGCCAUUUCUUUAGGAUAUUUUGUCUCAACGAUAUGUGGCUCAGUGACAAUCUCCCUCGCAGUGGCGCCGCCUCUGCUUAUUCCGUUCAUGUUAUUUGGUGGCCUCUUUGUCAAUACAGCAAACAUCCCCAUCUAUUUCGUGUGGCUGGAAUACCUUUCUUGGUUCAAGUUUUCUAAUGAAAUUCUUAUGGUGAACCAGUGGAGGAACAUUGAUUACAUACCCUGCCCCAACGUGUCGGUGCCUCAGGCAGCACCGAACCAGACACAGACCUUUCAGACCGCCUACCCCCAGUGUCUGUAUCGCUCAGGAAAGGAUGUCCUAGAAUAUACAACAUUCUCCGAGGACAAUCUAUUUUUGGAUAUCUGUAUGUUGGUUGUCCUACAAGUGGGACUUCGACUGAUUGCCUUCGUCGCUGUUUAUGCUCGAGCUCGCAGAUCGAAAGAAUAAAUUAAAUAUUUUACUUGAAUGUAUGUUUUGUGAAUUCCUUUUAUGUGGAGAUGUU